AUGCGACAGACCUCGGAACCUUACGAGAGGCACGACGGAUCGGACGGAAAUGGAGAAUUAGAAGACCUCUCCCUCCCCAUCCAAACUGGAGUUCGACAGCGAGGUACCCGUCAGACCUCAUCUCGGCGCGUCGGGGCUCGCGCUCUGCCUCAACAGCAGCACAUCAUAGGAGGGGAUGUGGUGCGGAGUAUGAAGAGGGGUCUGGCGUCUAGGCAGAAGGAGACAAGGACCCGAGUAUUGUUGUACAUCGCCAUCGGGAUGUUCGCCAUUCUUUCCACCUACUGGCUGGUCCGUAUCUAUAAGCGGAUCAACGUCGUCCCGGAGGCCAUUCUGCGAUAG